AUGGAAGGGGAUUGUGAGGAUCUCGUUACUUCAGCCGCCGUGCCGGAUUGGUCGAUCUCUGAGCUCGAUAUUCCUCAGAUCUCCGAGGAUUCGGUGGAUCAAGUCGUUGAGAUACGGCGAGACCUUGAUCUUUAUAAAGCUUUACUUUGUUUUAGGAUUUACCAUAGUGCUUCGUUUAAUUUUGUUUUUGCUUGCCAAGGGAACAUGGCAUCGAGAAGAUCAAACCCUCGCGAUUCUGAUAGGAUGCGAACUCGAACUGGUAGUGUUAACGUGGAACGCAUUCGAUCCGGAGAUGUGAGCGAAGCGCUCACAGAAGUUCUUCGUGAGGAGACCCGACUUCCGCGGGCUUCAACCCAAGAGGUAAAGGACCUCGAGGGUGAAAAGUCUGCUGCUUGUGUUAAGUCGAGUAGCCCGACAGGUUCGGAGGGGCGUGACCGUCCCCCGAAGAAGGCUAAAACGAAUGGUUCAUACCAUCGUCUCGGUGUUUCGGGUGAAGCGGCUGUUGCUAAACCGUUUCAUUGGCGGUUUUCUCACUCCAAGGAUUUCCCUAUUACGGAGGACCCGGAUAGUGUUGCUCACUUGGUCAGGCACUUCAAACCUGAUGGGUGUCCGCUUCCUUCUUUGCGAAAUAUGACGGAACGCGAGGCUUAUGUGAAGAUGGCUGUGGCCCAUGCUAAGGCUAUGGAGGCUAACAACGAGUUCACGGCGACUUUAGAGAAACACCUACAGGAUGUUCCGCGUUCUGACGAGCUUUAUGAAAUAAAGAAGGUCGUUCGAGAACUAAAGCUUGGUCUGAAGAUGGCUCAGGAUCGAGAGCGUGCCAAUGCUGCUCAACUGGCCGCUGCUGAAAAGUUGGGGAAUCAGACUGCUUCGCUCGAAGCUCGUCUGCGAGUUGUGAGUAACGAGAGGAAAUCGGCCCUCAAGCAAGUUUCCUUUUUGGAAGUGAAGGUUGAAUCUUCUGCUAAUAAGUUCUCUAACGACUUUCGUCGCGCAACUUAUAAUGCCAAAAAGGCUCUGGUGGAUAGCUACUUGGAUGUGUUGGUAUCUCUGAAGGAGAAGUGGGAGAAGAAGAAGGCCGCAACUGAUUGUGAAGCUCGUCUUUGGGAGGACAUGGCAAAUAUAGAUCUCUUGAAGGAGAUCAUGAACAACAAUCUUUUGGGUUCAGUCGAGUUGUUACGACUUCGAACAAAGGAGGUCGAGCUCGGGUCCGAGCUCGAUGUGAUGGCAAUUUCGGAUUUCUCCGUUGGGAAGCUCGAUCUGCCUUAG